AUGUCACUACACGGUGUUAACACCGCAUUAGAAACUGCAUACCAUCUAAUUGUAAUCCUGAUUCUCUUAAGUACAAGACUAGAGAUGGUCCAUUCCAGAAACUUUACGAUGGGAUACUUAACUGGAUCCCAGAGACGUCCGGGCAAUAAAGGUUACCCAAGACCUGGCUUGACAAUAUCUGGAGCAAUUAGUCUUGCAGUGGAUGAAAUUAACAAUUUACAUCCAAUAAGAGACAACCACACGAUAAGUUUUACGGUUGCCGAGACGUAUGGAGAGGAAUCAGAAAGCAUUUAUAAAACUGCCCUUUUGUGGACUCAAGAGGUGGCUGUUUACAUCGGUCCUCAAGAGACUUGUAUUCAUGAGGCAAAGAUGGCUUCCAGUUUUAACCUCCCAAUGAUAUCAUAUUUUUGCGCUCACCAUGAAGCCUCCGAUAAGAAACAAUUCCCUACGUUUGCCCGAACACGGCCUCCUGAUACACAAAUCUCCAAAUCCGUCGCAUCCCUGCUGCUAAGUUUUGGCUGGAAGCGAAUCGCUCUUCUUUACUCUUCAACGCAAGAUCGAGGAUUCAAAGAGGUUUCUGGGACCAUUCUAGAGACACUGCGAACAGCUCAAGUUGAAGUACGAUUUUUAGGCAGUUGGCCAGAGACGUACCAUUAUGGAUAUGGAGAAAACCCAUUUGAUAAGCUUGUAGAAGAUUCUUACAAAGACGCUAGAAUUUACAUUGUAUUAGGAUAUUACUUUGAGCAUCUCGGUUUGAUGGUAAGCUUGCAAAAACGAGGUCUGUUGGACAACGGAGAGUACUAUGUUGUUGGAGUAGAUAUUGAACAAUAUGAAAUUCAGAAUCCACGACGAUAUUUGAAAGGUCUUCUGCGAGAUGAAAUUGAAGAAGUGGCAAAAAACGCUUUUCAGUCGUACAUAGGUAUUGUUGGAAGUCCACCGGUUGGGUUUGAGGAUUUUACAGUAAAGGUCAACAAAUAUAUGCAGUUGCCUCCCUUCAAUUUUCCUAACCCAGUCAGUAGGCUUGGUGGCAUGAAACGAGUACCAGCAGAAGGAGCGUAUUUGUACGAUGCAGUCUAUGUGUACGCAAGGGCGUUAAAUGAAUGUCUACUUCAUAAUGAUAAUCCACUUGAUGGCAGAGGUAUUAUGAAAUAUAUUAUAGGAAGAACAUAUUUCAGUGCGAUGGGCUACAUGGUAUACAUGGACGAGACAGGAGACGCAGAAGGCAAUUACACAUUAAUUGCGAGAAAAGCUAUUCCUGGCAUUGAAGGAGAGUACGGCUUGUAUCCCGUUGGUGUGUUUCAACUGCAUGAAAACAGAACAUCUAUGCCUGUAUUAAAGUUGCUUUCAAAUAUUGACUGGGUUUCCGGGUCACCACCGAAAGACGAGCCCACUUGUGGUUUUCAUGGAGAAAAAUGUGUCAUGUGGAAGCUUGCUAUAGGGAUAACUGGGGGUUUGGUGUUUGUUUUACUUAUAGGCAUGUUGGUCGCAUACAAGAACUGGGCUUACGAGCAGGAGCUGGACAGUUUGAUUUGGAAAAUUGAUUACAAAGAUAUUCAAAUAAACGAGUACACGCCUACCACAACGCUAGGAAGAAUGGCAAGAAGUUUACAUCCACUACUACGUACAAGUCAAGUAUCUCUAAGCUCGAAUGCAGACACAGAUUUCCGCUACAGUAGUAUUUAUACCACAGUGGGGAUUUUUAAGGGACGUAUGGUAGCUAUAAAGCGAUUGAGAAAGAAGAAUGUUGAUAUUACUCGUAAAAUGAAGAAAGAGCUUAAACUAAUGCGAGAUUUGCGUCAUGACAACUUGAAUCCUUUUAUUGGUGCUUGCGUUGAAUGCCCUAACAUAUGCAUCGUUACUGAAUACUGUUCCAGAGGAAGUCUAAAGGAUAUUUUAGAAAAUGAAGAUGUAAAGUUGGAUAAUAUGUUCAAUGCAUCACUUAUAGGAGACAUUGUUAGGGGUAUGAGUUAUCUACAUGACAGUGCUUUACGUUCGCAUGGAAACUUGAAAUCCUCCAAGUGCCUAGUUGACAGCCGAUGGGUAGUUAAAAUUGCGGAUUUUAGUCUGCACGAGCUAAAAGCUGGAUCUACUCCUGACGAUGACUCUUCAGAUUUCGAAAAGCAGUGCUACAAUUUUCCUUAUUUGUUUCCAAAUCGUUUCUUAAGUCAAGAGAUUCCAUCUCCACCACGAGUGAUGGCACAUUGUCUUCAAAUAUUACAAUGCUUUCCUAAAGAACGAGAGUUCCUCUAUGGAUAA